AUGGCAGAGAACGGGGGAGAAAAGGUUUAUGCCGCGGCAACUGCCAAUCCUUAUGGACGAGUGGAUGAAGAGUUGGCCUCGGUCGCCCAAAGGGAAGAGCGUCGCAAGAAGCGAAUGAAGUAUGUUGCAUAUGGUGCGGCCUUUGUUGUGUUCCAAACUGCUGUUAUAUUGGUCUUCUCCCUCGUGGUGAUGAAGGUUAGGACGCCAAAAUUCCGCGUGAGGUCGGCCACAUUUCAGGAUUUCAAGGCUGCAACAUUGCCCACAAAUUCUUCCUUCAGUACCCAGAUGUUUGCAGAACUCUGUGUCAAGAAUCCGAACUUUGGUCGCUACAAGUACCAAGAUAGCACUGUUGAAUUCUUCUAUCAGAACUACAAGGUAGGGGAAGCUGCGAUUCCCAAGGGAAAGGCUAGUUUCAAAUCAACGAAGAAAUUCGCUGUUCCAGUGGACUUGUCCUCUACCAAUGUGCCCGGAGAUGUGCUUGGAAGUGAACUGAGUCAACACGCUUGGAUCCCUCUGACCAGUCGAGCAACGUUGAAUGGAAAAGUGAGGCUAAUGUUGAUUUUCACGAAGAAAAAGUCCACCAACAUGAGUUGCACCAUGAACCUCAAUACCUCCUCCAAGCAGCUCCAAGACUUGGAGUGUGUAUGA